AUGUUGAAGAAUUUCUUAUUCAUUUCAGGAAAGAAACGAUCAAGGAAAUUGCGGCAUGUUCAACGAUAUCCAGGGAAUGCAUAUUUUUUACUGGAUGAUACUGAUGGUGAUGAUGAAUCUCAAUGGAACGUAAAUAGGUAUCGUGAAAAUGAUAAUGAUGAUAUACAACAACAACAACAACAACAACAACAAGAAUCUAAUCCAAGAUUCGAGAAUCUUAACCGGGAAACGACAACAACAUCGAGUGAAGCUAAAUGGGGAACAGUAAAAGAAUCAUAUGAUGAUCAUGUUAAUUAUUGGGAAACAACAACAUCAUGGUAUUGGAAUACUACACCAAAACAAUCAUAUCAAAAAGAAAUAACACCAACAUAUCGAGAUAUUUCGGGUUCAAGUUUCUGGCAAACAUCUACCAAUUAUCCAUUUUGGCGAGAAAAUAUUGAAACAAUAACAACUACUAAUACUACAUUACCGAUUGCUCAUACUACAGUUUCUACCACUACUUCUGCAUCAUCGAUUCAUGAAGUAGCAUCAGAUGUAACCGAAGAGUUUAUCUGGGGACGAUUGUUUAUUGUGACACCAACUUCAUCUUCAAAAUUAAAUCAACCACUUGCUCUACCAAUGAAAACUUGUCCACAUCGCUUUGAUGCUGUCACACGUGCAUAUAACGGUCGAACAUAUGUAUUUGCUCGUGAUCGUGUUUAUCAACUUUGGAGACAUGAUAACUUACAUCAAAAGGCAUCAUUUCAUAUUAAUGAAAUGUUUCCGGAUGGUCCACGUACCGUUACGGUUGCUUACACUAACAGUAGAAGCGGUGUAACCGUACUUAUCGAACAUCAAACUGUCUAUCGAUAUCGUUGGAAUCGAAAGAAUAAAGUUUUCUAUGUUAGUGACAUUAUUUUCUAUGUUAGUGACAUUGUUACAUAUAACGGUCGAACAUAUGUAUUUGCUCGUGAUCGUGUUUAUCAACUUUGGAGACAUGAUAACUUACAUCAAAAGGCAUCAUUUCAUAUUAAUGAAAUGUUUCCGGAUGGUCCACGUACCGUUACGGUUGCUUACACUAACAGUAGAAGCGGUGUAACCGUACUUAUCGAACAUCAAACUGUCUAUCGAUAUCGUUGGAAUCGAAAGAAUAAAGUUUUCUACCUUGCACGAAAGAGUCCACAAACAUUAACAAAAAAAAUGCCAGUAUAUCCUCGUGCAGGAUUUCAAUGGAUUGAUGGUAAUCAAGUUCUUGUCGAAGGAGAUAAUUUUGCAACAUAUGAUGCUUACUGGAAUGUAGCAACAUUUUCCGGCUUAACGACAAAUUAUUUUCCACAAUUUCCACGUGAUCUAAUUGGAUUAACAUAUCAGAAUAGCUCACUGUUCAUUCUGUAUACAGCUUCCAACAGUAUUCAGAUCUAUGAUACAGGAAAAUAUCGCGUGAUACAAGAAUAUCCCAUUCAAAUUAGUGAAUUUGUGGGCUGCUCUGAUGAUUAA